CAUCAUGCAGCAUUAGGCAGUUUCUUCAAGUUAUCCUGAAAGGCGAGUUGUUACAACGAUAAAUCAAUCUUUCUACUAAGUACCACCUUACCUAUCUGAUUCUGUUUUCCUCCACGGACCACAUCAGCUUCCUCCUAUUGCCGCAACUACUUAAAUACUCCGCUAAAAUCAAGAUGUCGGGUCUCAAAUAUUUCUCGUACAAAGAGUACGGCGAGAAGUUGUUACGGGAGAUGCACUACAGCCAAGCAGUCCGGGUUGGAGACAACAUUGAAAUAUCCGGCCAGGGAGGCUGGGACCCAGAAACUGGAGUGGGUCCCAGUGACCUCAUGCAGGAAAUCGACCACGCAUUUGCAAACGUCAAUAUCGCCCUGGAGGAAGCCGGCGGCCAAGGAUGGUCCCAAGUUUUCCGCAUCCGCUUGUAUGCCCUCGACGAGGCCUGGAGUGAGGAUGGCCUUGGCCAAAUGGUAGAGAACAUGAAAAAAUGGGCUCCGAACCAUGCGCCGAUUCUUACAGGUAUUGGAGCCUCAAAGCUUGGCCAGCCUGGUAUGCGUCUCGAAGUUGAAGUUUCAGCCUACGAUCCUCAGGGCCGGAUAGGCUCAUGA